CCGGCGGACUGGGCCAGCGGCGCAGACGGACGCGGGCCGCUGGCCGCGAUGGGGGAGGGCGGGCUGCCCCCGGCCUUCCAGCUGCUGCUGCGCGCCUGCGAUCAGGGCGACACGGAGACGGCGCGGCGGCUGCUGGAGCCGGGGACUGCGGAACCGGCGGAGCGCGGCGCGGAGCCCGAGGCGGGCGCGGAGCCGGCGGGGCCCGAGGCGUCCGGGCCCGGGGCCGGGUCGGCGGCAGGAGCGCCGGUGCCCGUAGAUUGCUCGGACGAGGCGGGCAACACGGCGCUGCAGUUCGCCGCGGCCGGGGGCCAUGAGCAGCUGGUGCGCUUCCUGCUGCGACGCGGCGCCUCGGUCAACAGCCGCAACCACUACGGCUGGAGCGCGCUCAUGCAAGCGGCCAGAUUUGGACAUGUGAGCGUGGCACACCUCCUUUUGGAUCACGGGGCUGAUGUCAAUGCCCAGAACCGGCUGGGGGCCAGUGUGCUCACCGUGGCCUCUCGGGGUGGCCACCUGGGCGUGGUGAAGCUGCUCCUGGAAGCCGGUGCCUUCGUGGACCAUCACAAACCCUCAGGCGAGCAGGCAGGGGACAGCAGGGACGAGCUCCUGGACGUCACAGCCCUGAUGGCCGCCAUCCAGCACGGACAUGAGGCUGUGGUACGUCUGCUGAUGGAGUGGGGUGCAGACCCCAACCACGUGGCCCGCACUGUGGGCUGGAGCCCGCUGAUGCUGUCGGCACUCCUCGGGAGGCUUGGCACGGCCCAGCAGCUGGUGGAGAAGGGGGCCAACCCGGACCACCUCAGCGUGCUGGAGAAGACCGCCUUCGAGGUCGCACUUGACCGCAAGUACAGGGACCUUGCAGACUACCUGGACCCGCUGACCACUGUCAGACCCAAGACAGAUGAGGAGAAAAGGCGACCUGAUAUUUUCCAUGCAUUGAAAAUGGGAAACUUCCAGCUGGUCAAAGAGAUUGCCGAUGAAGACCCCAACCACGUGAACCUGGUUAAUGGGGAUGGGGCGACCCCACUGAUGCUGGCAGCUGUCAUGGGGCAGCUGCCUCUGGUGCAGCUACUGGUUGAGAGGCAUGCUGACGUGGACAAGCAGGACAGCGUGCAUGGCUGGACGGCCCUCAUGCAGGCCACCUACCACGGGAACAAGGAGAUUGUCAAAUAUCUGCUAAACCAAGGAGCUGAUGUCACUCUUCGUGCAAAAAACGGGUACACGGCCUUUGACCUAGUGAUGCUGCUGAGUGAUCCUGACACGGAACUUGUUCGACUGCUGGCAUCUGUCUGCAUGCAGGUGAAUAAAGACAAAGGCCGGCCCAGCCACUCACCACCCCCACCCCACUCGAAGGUCCAACAGCCCUGGAGUGUCCCAGUGCUGCCUGAUGACAAAGGCGGACUUAAGUCCUGGUGGAACCGAAUGUCCAAUCGGUUCCGGAAGCUCAAACUGAUGCAGACACUGCCCCGUGGGCUGUCUAGCAACCAGCCAUUGCCUUUCUGUGAUGAGCCAGAGCCAGCACUGGACUCCACAAUGAGGGCGCCCCCCCCAGACAAGACGAGCCGCUCUGGGCUCCCCGACGUGACCCCCACGACCAAAGACAAUGGUCCUGGGAGCACAAGAGGAGAAAAGGAAGAUGUGUUAUUGACAACCAUGCUUCGGAAUGGAGCCCCCUUCACCAGACUCCCAAGCGACAAGCUGAAGGCAGUCAUCCCCCCUUUCUUACCCCCUUCCAGCUUUGAGCUGUGGAGCUCUGAUCGGUCCCGGACAUGUCACAACGGGAAGGCAGACCCCAUGAAGACUGUGCGGCCCCAGAGAGCCAGCAGGGGGCAACCUGUGGGCGGCGGGAGCACAGACACCACUCCCGUCAGACCAGUUAAAUUUCCGUCUCUCUCCAGAAGCCCAGCCUCUCCUGCCAAUUCUGGAAACUUCAACCACUCACCUCAUUCUUCUGGUGGCUCCAGUGGGGUAGGAGGCAUGAGCAGGCACGGUGGGGAGCUGCACAACCGCUCAGGUGGAAGCAUAGACAGUGUUCUGUCCCAGAUCGCUGCCCAGAGAAAAAAAGCAGCCGGAUUAUCUGAGCAGAAGCCCAGCCAUCGGUCAAGUCCCGUUGGGCCAGCGCCUGGCUCCAGCCCGUCUGAGCUCCUGGUCUCCUCUGCAGGCGGCAGUGCUCCUGGUGGCAAGCAGAAACUGGAGACGAGCAAAAGGCCUCCGUCUGGAACUUCUACUACCUCCAAAAGCACCUCCCCCACGCUCACGCCUUCACCUUCUCCCAAAGGGCAGGCAGCCGAGUCCUCCGUGUCCUCCUCCUCAUCCCACCGGCAGUCCAAGAGCAGCGGGGGCUCCAGCAGCGGCACCCUCACUGAUGAGGAUGAACUGACUGGAAUCCUUAAGAAAUUAUCACUUGAGAAAUAUCAGCCCAUUUUUGAGGAGCAAGAGGUGGAUAUGGAAGCAUUCCUCACGCUCACCGAUGGUGACCUGAAGGAGCUGGGUAUUAAGACAGAUGGAUCCAGGCAGCAGAUUUUGGCAGCGAUUUCUGAACUGAACGCAGGCAAGGGACGGGAGAGACAAAUUUUACAGGAAACCAUUCACAACUUCCACUCUUCCUUCGAGAGCAGCGCCAGCAACACCAGGGCCCCUGGAAACAAUCCCUGUACGUGACCUUCCUUCCUGUGGUCACCAGCGUGAGCUUUCUGAAUCUCAGUACCCCCUUCACAUGGCCGGUGCUCCAGCCACCAUCAGACCUUCCCCAUUCCCUGAAACACACUAUGUUUUUGUCACACCGCUGUGCCUUAGUCCCUCUGCCUGGAACACCUGUCUUCCCUUCCCUUCUGUAGUAGUUGGUGAUGCUUGUUGCUAUAACAAACUCCAACACUGUAGAGACUUACUCUCCCAUACAAUCCAGUAUGGCUGCAUCCGCUCGGCAGAAGCACACGGUGAUUCAGGGACCCAGCUCCUUUCAUUUGUGGCUCUGCCAUUCCUGGGGCCUCAGAGGCUUUGUUUCUGGCUGGCAGAGGGGAAGGGGAUGGUGAAGGAGGCACAGCCAUUUCUUUACUGCUUUGCUCUUAACUGCUCACGUUCCAUCGGCCACUCAUAGUCACGUGACCCCACGUGUAGUCGUUGUUCAGGUAGUGGCUUCACAGCAACAGCUCUGUACUUAGAUGGGGGGGCACAUAUUUUGGCAGAAGGUUAGCCACUCUUCCACGUCUUCCCUUAGAACUUCUAACUUCUCCCUAAUGGUCCAAGUCACCUAUCAAAUGAAGCCUUUCUCAACUCCCUUACACAGAACUAACUCCUCCAGCCUCUGGGGCCCUUACUGCUCUGUGUGAUAACUCUGCUCUAGCACUUCACUGCACCUGCUGCAGACAGCAUACAACAGCUGUUCAGGAUGUAUAUGUUGAAGACUUCAUUCCUGCAAAGGCAGCCUUUUAUGUAGGAAAAAUGGCGAGGCCCAAGGUGUGAUCUUGAGGGAUCCCUUUUCCUUCCUGGCCUUCAGUUUCCUUGUCUGUCGUCAGGCAAGACAAUGCUCUGAUAUUCCACGCUGCUCACCCCAUAUCACAGUAGGGCUUUUCCACUUUGAGUGGGAGCAGAAGACCCUAAUGUAUUACAUUGUAGAAGGACUUGGGUACUCACAUUUUCUAGGCAAAGAAGUGAAGAAUUUAGAAUUUCUUCUAAGGCUACAUUCCUCAGAAGGGAAUCAGCCUGUGUAGUUUUCUACCGUGUCAUACUCUAUGAAAGGAGCUCUGACUUUUGAGUCCAGUAGGUUUCUGAAAUGUCUUCAAGUGUGUAAUUCAUUCAACCAGCACUGCUGGGUGCUGGGGGUGCAGAGAUGAGUCGGAGCCAGUUCCUACCCUUGAGGACCUGGACAGCAAGAGAAGAAAGGAAUGGUGGUCCCAGCUUCGAGGGGCAGCACGGAAGAGUGGAAAGAGCGUGUGCUCUGGACUCAGGCUCAGGGUUCUGGUUCAGCCCUGCAGCUAGCCAUCUGUGUGGCCAGGGAUGGGUAAGUUGGCGCUUAGAGCCAGCGUGCGUCAAGCACUUGGUCCGUGGGACAUGCGCAGUGGAUAGCAGCCUUUGCAGAGUUCUCAUCUUUACCGUGAGCUCUGCCUGGCCGCAUGCUGGUCUCCUUGGGAGAUGUGGCCUCUCAUCUCUCCCUCCCCCGGCCAUGAGUGCCCAUUCACCCUCUGCUGGCUUCUAGAGGGAGUCCUGACCAUGUUGCCUGGAGACUCAUCGUGUUCUCCCUCUGUCCGUUGAUCCAGCGGGUGCUGUUCCUCCUUCAUCCUCCCAUCUUCCCACCCAUAAAAGCCAGCUUCUCACAUGACUGGAGAGAAGAGGUUUUGUUUUAGCCAUCACUGACAGACACCUUUAUAAAUGUUCCUCGCAUCCCAACCUUCUUUAAGGAGACACAGUCAUUGAGCACCUUCUGUGUACAGCAGCUGGAACCUGGUGUCAUCUGUCCUCACCAGAAGCCUGGAGGCUGGCAUGGUUUAACCUCAUCCUCCACGCUGGGGAAAUAGACACGGAGGACUGGAGCUGCAUGCCAGUUCCCCAGCCCGGAAGGAGUAGAACUGGCUGAGAACCGGAUCUAGUGGGCUCUGAGCCCAUGCUUCUGCCACCAAUUCCUAUAGACUCCUGGGGCUAGAGGCACCAGGGAUUCUCGCUGUUUUAAUGUACUCAUAUCUUCAGAGGCUAUUGAUAGGCCUAGGGUUGUUUGCCCCUGAAAUACACAGGGGCCCCUGAGUUAGGUGCUGUGAGGUUUUGUGCCCACUCUUUGCUGUCCUCCUGGUCUUUUCAUCACCCCUAUAUUUGUGCAGCUUUCACUUGGGUAAGUUUGAUUGAAUCCCUAUGAUUGAAUACCUGUGAUACACAGGAGCUGUGCUGGGGGUCAGCAUUCCACAAAUGCACGCCUCCACAAUCUCACCUAAUGACCCCAGAUAGAGCAGGGCUUAUUAUUCUCAUUUUGCAGAUGGGAAAAGAGGCUCAGGACAGAUGCCUUUUUUGUCUUUUUCACUGGAUUCAGUGGUUCUAAGGUUUUUUCUCCCAGGCAGUUUGUGUGCUGGUUGGCGAGAGAUCCCCGGCACCCUUUCUGGACCAUGAUCACCCCCUUCCUGGUGAUACUCCAGGAGGCUAUUCUGGUCCACAGUGUUUUCCUUGCUUGAUGACCAUCAGCAUUUCCCAAAGUGUGUUCCUUGGAACCCUAGUUCCACAGGAUGUUAAUAGGUUUUUCAUUAAAAAAAAAAGCAGGGAGGAAAUGUAUACAUGACAGUGGAGUGAGGCUCUGUGAUCAGUAGGUUUGGCAGACACUGGGUUAAAGCCCAGGUACAUGAUGCUUGCUGCAAGACACCUCAGAAUCCUUAUCAUGCCACACGUGGGGGCAUGUCUCUUCAAGGGGGCCAUGUAGAUUGUAGCAUUUUCCAUACAUUUGAUCACAGAAUGCUGUUUCAUGGCACUCUUGCAAGACUAAGGUUCAUUGGACACCAUUAGGGAAGCCCUACUUUGACUCGGCAGUGGCAGUCAUGAGGCCUCACAGCACCUGGGAGUGGGCCCAAGGGGCCAUCAAGGCCUUCAGCUGGAUCAGGGGUCUUUGGUAAUUGCUUCUUCUCUUUCCAGCAGCUCUCUGCUUGGCAGUGGGACAUCACAGUGAGGGAGUCCCCUGACUGAGAGAACCAGAAUCCUACUCAUAGGGCUCUGCAUCCAGGGCGUCUCCUGCAGGGUCAGGGACAUCAUUUCCCAGUGUUGGUGCAGUGUGCUGCCUGGCGAGUGCUGGGUGUCUAAGCCCUGUCCCCCAAUGGCCAGGAGAAGGUUCCCACCUCCUUGCUUCAGUGCCAGACCAUUACAUGGAGGCUGCAAGUUUUGCCAGGAAAACAUUUACUUUUUCAUUCACUACGUAUUUACUGAGCAUUUACCCUGUGCCCACCCUGUGCUUGUGCUUUGGAUCCAGAGAUGAAAAACACUCAUCUCUGCCCUCAAAGAAUCCACAGUAUCUUAGAGGAGACAAGCAUGUAAGUCAGACGUCGUAGUGCCCGUAAGGAUUCUUACAGUAAAGGCGUGUGCUGGGCCCACGGCUCUGAGGACGUCAUGGGUGAUGGCUCAGGUUCAGCCUGGAUGGGCCGCAUUGGAAAGACUGGGUCUGAAAGGGUAAGUCAGCACAGCUGGCAGGUGGGGAAGAGAAAGGGCUCCCCAGAUGGGGGGACAGUGUGUGAGAAGGCAGGCGGCAUAUAACAUUUCUGGGUUAUAUAUUAUCGGGGGUAAAUUAGAUACCUGUUAUUCCAAUUUUUGAUUCUUUUCUUUGAAAUGCAUAGCAGCAGUCUGUUACCUGGAAGAGCACUGAAUCUAUAGUCAGUCCUAGCACUGGGUUUUGGCUCAGCCACUUCUUAAUGGGUAACAUAUUUCUAACAUUCGUUGAACCUCAGUUUCCCUUUCAGUUACAAGGGGACAGUGCUCCCCAAGGCGCUGAGGAUCAGAGGAAGGUGAAAGCCCUUUUCACACCAUGUGGAGCUCUGCAGAUGUGAGAAAUCUCCACGAUGGUUGCCUGUUUGAAAUACUCUCUGUUUCUCGCCCGCCCCACCCCGCCUCCCGCUUGCCCUGAUGUAGCCAGGGCUGGGUGAUCGAGGCCAGAAGCAGCAGCCUCCAGCCAGAGGUGGCAGCAGCUUAGGUGGCUCUGCUGGUAUCGGAGCCCCAAGGAAGUGAGGGUUGGUGGUGAAUCCCUACCCUCCAGUUGUGUCUGACUCUGGUGUUUGUGUCACUGGGAUUCCCAGCAAGGUGGACAGAAAGAAGGGAGGCUUUCCAGCCUGAUCACAGGGGCUGAUCCAGGGGGCAGAGAGGAAGCAGGAAACCCCUCCAGUUUGCUCUUGCCUCAGAGCUGCCUAAGGACAGUGCCGUGCAGGCCAGGCCCGGGCUAGACAGCUGUGAACAUCUGCGCUGACCUUCCAAGAAAGCACCUCUUGAGGGCUUGAGACCCUUCCUGGGAAGAUUCUGCAGCCCAGACUGAAGGUGUUGUGAAGCAUCAUCUGUGCUUUGGUCAGGCAAGGUAAUCAUGUCUCAUUAACCAACAGAUCCUGUCCAGCAUGUAAGGAGACCUGCUGCUUUCCCUGACAAAGUCGAUACCAGAUUCUGAAGGACUGGCCAGGGACUGAAUCUCCUCCCUGGGGGAGGUGGGUGGUGAGUCCCCUCUUCAGCUUCCUUCCUAAGGUGGGGGCCACCCAGGGCCCCUCCUUCAGGGCCCUCCCUACCCAGUGGGUUGAGCCGGCCCCCAUGAGUCUUAGUUCCUGUUGGAGCUGCCUCCCUAGGGCUCAUAGACACAGGGCAUGGCCAUCCUCUUCCGGGAGACCUUGUUCCCACUGUCCAGGUGGCUGGGGUGGGGUUUGGCCUCAGCAGGGCCACUGGAUCCUUUGAUAAGAGACCAACGUGCUGUUUUGUUUCAGCUCUACUGUGUGUUUCCAUGUUCCUUACCAUCCAACACUUCUUUUUGUUACUAUUGUUUUUCCAUACAGGGAUUUGAUUCUUUGAAGGACUUUUGUUUGCCAAAUGUAUAUUAAAUAAUGGUGAGUUUGUCUUCUCACUUUGAUUUUGCUCAUCGAAGGUAUAAAAUGCUGCUCAGAUUUCUUCCAGUGAGAACUGUUAUGGAUCAAGUGCCUAUGGUGUGCUGGGCACUUCCGUUGCCUCAGCUCCUUCAUGAUAGUCUUUGUGAGGCAGCCUUAAAAUCCCCUUUCUACCAACUUGGUGAGUGUGGCACACAGAUAUUAACCUCGCCAAGGUCACCUUGUAACAGGCGAUGGUCGAUUAGAAUGCAGGCCUCACCUGUCAGUUCUUUCCAUGCUUUCUUGCUGCCUUUCAGCACAGAGAGAAAUGUUGAAUUGGGAUAAGGCCAGCCAACACAAAACAAAUAAAACCU